CCGCGACGCUCGACGCUCAGUGAGACGAGUUUCGCGCCGUGUGUAUGUUGAGAGGGUGUGAGUGUGGUUGGAGUGUGUUUGUGUGUGUAUUACUGCCGCCACUGCUGCUGCUGCUGUGUAGUUGUAACCCAGUUUAAAUCAAUUCAAGUGGUGUUGGGUGUGGAGUAAUUAGCUGGCAAAUCCCAAAGUGGCAUAUAAAGCAUUUGGCUGGCGCCACCCAGAGGUUUCGAAUGCAGGACUGGAGUGAGGAAAAUGCGCCCGGGAUUGAUCACAUCAGCAUUUGAUAGUUGAGACGGUGGCGACCAGUUUGGGCUGUUGGCUCUCUCGUGAUGAUGGCAGAGCCCAGCAGCAAGCCGACGGUUCAGCAACAACAGCAGAUUGUUGCCAACGAAUUGUCGUCGAGCAAGAUAUCAACUUUGGCCGUCCGUGACCGGCUGAAUGCGGCGGCGCCGACUCAACCGCGGACGGUUACAAAUACAGAUUCAGGAGGAGAUAGGCGCAAUGUCCGCGGACCGCGCUGCAUUACUAUCCAGCGUUCCAGCGCUGGAUUCGGAUUUACCUUGCGUCACUUUAUCGUCUACCCGCCCGAUUCUGUUUCCGAUUGCCCCGAGGAAUGGCAACGUGGAAUGUCGGCCGGUCUGCUCGACCCCAUGAUACCGAUGGACACCAUCUUCGUCAAGCAUGUUCGAGAAAACGGACCCGCCGUCAAAGCCGGACUUUCGACUGGUGACCAGGUGGUGAGUGUCAAUGGAGAGUCGGUCAUGUGCAAAUCGUACGCCCAAGUGGUGCAGAUGAUACAGAAAAGUGGACCCAAUUUGCAGCUGGUCGUAAUGCCGAAAGAGCACGACGUUCUCCAGCAGUGUUUUGCUGAUACGGCUCACAACCCGUACACAAACGCCAGACCAGCGACAGUUAUUCCAGCCGCUGGAACUGCGGAAGACCAGGCCGGCAAAAUGGUAAUGGACCCUUUGAAACCCAACAACAUCAUGUCGCACCUGCCACGGCCUAAACCCUAUCAACCGUUCCAGGUGGAAACUAGGAAACCAGCGACAUCCCACACGAGCCCAGCUCCAAAGCCAAACACUGGCGCGCCGCUCGGACGCGUCCUGUCGCCGUUGGUGACGGCCGGAACGACGACGACAACCACAACGACGACGGCCAAUAGCCGAUCAAGCGAAGAUGCAGCCGUUGCGGCCCAGGCCCGUCUCGCCGCGGCGGCCGCGCUCGUGUCCAAGAGCGUGCGCAAAUCGGCUGAUUUCAAUCCUAACGGUGCGGCCGGUUGCCGAGGAAGUCUAGCCGGCGGGCAAGGCGUCGAAUGCUAUCCCGGCUCUGCCACGGGAUUCAAUUCGGCCGCCCAUUCGAAACGAAGUUCCUACGCUGGAACGCCCACCUGUAAGAGCGAGUUUAUUUCCAGCAUUAACGCCCCGGCUGCCACUUUCAGCACUGCGGCGGGUAGCGCUGGUCACGCCCGUUACGCCGGUUCAGAGGGCACGUCCAGCUUUCCCCCCCACAAUCAACAGCAACAACAACAACAACAACAAUUCCACUACCCGAUGCAUCCGAUGGAAAUGGCGACGUUUGCGGCGAUCCACGGCAGCGUGUCGAGCCUGCAGCAACAGAACCUUCGCGAUUCUCCGCUCAAUUCCAGCAAAGGCAGUCUGUACUCGGCCGCGUCGGAAUGCAACGACCAACAGUCGCAUCAACAGGCGCAAGUGAUGACACGCAUCAAGAAGAGUUUCGAACAGAAGGAGGAGUUUCUGAAGAGGCCCGCUCUGCCGUACUGGGUCAACGUUCAAGAGGCUCAGCAAUCGCCGCCCGUCCCCAAAGAAUUUUACGCCCAACCGCAGAAAUUCGCCCGGCCAGUGUGGCCUCCCAUCAGCGCGUCGUUGACCACGUCACUCGACUCGCUGACUUCGGAGGUGACGGCCAUUACGACGCCGUCUCAACAACAAGCUCAGACACAUCCGCUCCAUCACCAUCAUCUGCAUCAGCAUCAGCAUCAGCAUCAGCAUCAGCAUCAUAACAAGGCAUCGUCUUCGGCCGUCACGAAAACAGAAAUCAUCCCGAUGGGCAUCACGUCCAUCGAACCUUGGUCCGUCUCUUUCAGCUCCAAAAGAGCUACGCCUCCUGUCAGCCCGUCUCAGUCGCCGGGCGCGGUGGGCCUCGGCUUGGUGCCCAACACGGUACCCAAACCGUUUUACGGUUCGACCAAUGCCACAACGACGACUACAACCACCACGGUAACCAGUAGCAACAACAACAACACGACUAGUCCGUCUGGCAACAAACAGUUCGUGUCGACGCUGACCCGCAUCCAAGAGAACAUCGCGUCCGAUCCGGCGCCGGAAUCGAAACCGAGUCGGCAGUUGACGUUGAUGCACGCGCCGCUGGCCUCUCCCGAAGAGUUUUUCACGCCGUCGCCCACCAAAGCCGGCCAACAUCCAUUGGCGGCGGCCACGUCGGCUGCCAACGCGCCUGUCGUCGUCAAGCGAACCAAACCGUUUGAAAAUGGCGCCGAAAAGGGCCUUCUGGCCCGUAUCGCUCAACGUGGCAAACAACAACAGGAAGCUGCUGCCGUUGCCUCCGCCGCCGUUGCUGCUGCCGCCGCCGCCUCCGCCGCUGCUGCUGCCGCCGAACGUUCCAAUAAACUAGCGACGGAUUUUCAGCGGGUGCCGAUCGGCGGUUCGGGGAACCGCACCGUCAUCAUUGGCAGUUCGAAUUUACAUUGUCAACCGCCUGCGGUAGAAUUGGAAUUUCCACCCAAUUCAUACGAUGCACAAGUGACGUGGAACGAGGAGGAGCGUAAAAGUCUCGUCUUGAGGCAGCACUCGUACCGUUCCGCCGUCCGUGAUUUCGCAGCUUCUACUAGUCCGCUACUACGGAUUGAUCCGUCGCUGGAUGAGAACUCGAAUACGAGUGCGUCCAGUAGCAUUGUGACGGUCAGUCGCGUUAAAAAGCGACCCUCUCAUUUGAAACUAACCGGCAAUCAUCACAACCUGAACAACCAUCAGCCGUUGGCGCUGCAUCCAACAACGACAACUGGUUGUCCCUCUGCCAAAGCUCCUUGCUUGCAAACUGAUAUCGACGCUGACAUUGUUGCCACCGCCAUGGCCGAUAGGGCCAGAAGUUGUAGCCCAUUAUCUCUGCCACGACCUAGUCCCAUCGCUUCUGAUUUUGAGUUGUCCGUUUUGGAGCGAUUCGACCAGCUCAUGGCUUCUUUAGGUACCUCCUCAGGCUCGAGCAGUAUUAGCAGCAGCGGCAGUGCGACAGUCCAGCAACUCGAAAGCCAGUCGGCUACUAAAAUGGCGACACCGGCAACGACGGCCAGCGUCAAUCGACGCCAAAAGAUUUACGAUGACGACUCUGACCGGGGCAUGAGACGCAUAUCGUAUUUGAAAGCGCAAGCUGGUAACCCGGUUGAUGGUCCGAUGGCCAUCGGCACGGUCACAACAGAAGCCGAGACCGUGGUGACUAGUGGCACGACUACCACCACGACCACCACGACCACCACGUCUACGCCCACCAACAACGAGCACUCAGCCAAAGGUUCGACUUCGUGGGCCGUGGUUAAAGUGGAGACUAAUCUGGUGAUGGUGUCUGUGGUGGAUCGUGUCCAGCCAGCGGCUGGCAUGAUUUCUCGCCUGCGGCAGUAUUUCGAAGACAAAUCCAGGCCUCCUCCUCCUACUCCGCAUCCGCGGAUGGCCACUUCUUCUUCUUCUUCUUCUACUACUACUACUACUACCCUCUUAUCGUCUUCGAUUGUUGCCAACAAAGCGACGUCGCAACCUCCACCGCUGGCCAGUCGGCGUCCGGCGCAUCCGCCGCACAGUAUCCAAAAAUUGCGCUCGCUUUUUGGAGACUCGACAAAAGUGUCUGCUGCCAAAUCGCAACAGCAAGGCGAAUCCAAUUCGAGCGCGGCCGGUGCUCAUCCGCCCAGCCCGUCCGAGACGGAAGGACGCGAAGGAUGGCUCUACGUCAAACAGACAAUCAUCGAUUGUCGGCGAUCCACUGACCGUUCCUGGCGCCAAAUGUGGACGCGGAUACGUUGCGGCACGGUGCAUUUCACAAGAGAUCGUAACGUUGCCUCCUCGUCCGCCUCCACUGCCAACGGCACCGGUAGCAGCAGCAACAACAGUGGCAGCAACAACAGCAGUUUCACUCCGGGCACUGGAGCCGACGAUAUGGUCAUUGACUUGCGAGGAUGCACCGUCGAGGUGGCAGUCUACUACACCAAACGCAAGCACGUGCUGCGUCUUUCCACAUUCAACGGCCUGUGCGAGUACCUAAUGCAAUGCGAAGAUAACAACGAUAUGGUCCUCUGGCUGGACAGUUUCCAACAGGAGCAGACGGCUGCCAAUAAUAGCGACAAGGAAGACGGCCCUGGGUCCAGCUACAGCAGCAGCGAAAUGAUGUUAGUCCGACAGGCUCAGGAAGCUGAUAAUUCGAUGGCUCACGGACGCCGCAUGGGUCGAUUCACUUUGCACCGCAACCGGUCGCCCACUGGACAUUCGCCCGUCUCCAAGACGCGAAAGCCGAGUCUUCCUGGAACCAUCGGCGGCGGUGGCGGUGGCGGCGGCGGCGGUAGUAGCGGCGGAUCUGGCGGUAGCGGCGAUGGCGCGCAUUCCACACCGGCCAAUGUCAACAAACCGACGACGUGGCGACGCAAAGUAGUCCAGCAAUUCAAGAAAAUCCAGGGCAAUUCGCCCAACUCCGCUGGACUUUUCCAUCCGCAGAUGAUACCCGAAGGGGCCACCAUUGGCGUCCCGCUCGAGUUCUGCCCUCGCUCCUCCUUGUCGGAGAGCAUUCCAUUGAUCGUCGAACUUUGCGUCGGCAUCGUCGAAGCUCGCGGAUUGGAGAGCGUCGGCGUUUAUCGAGUGCCGGGCAACAGCGUGGCCGUUAACGCUCUCUCCGACUCGCUCAACCGUGGAUUCGACGGCCUCAAUCAGUCGGAUCCGCGCUGGAAUGACGUCAACGUGAUCUCGUCACUGAUGAAAUCCUUCUUCCGCAAACUGCCCGAUCCGCUGGUGACGUCGGAACUCUACGGCGCUUUGAUCGAAGCCAGCAAGAUCGAACCGGAGCAAGUCCGUUUGAAUUCCAUCAAGCGGCUGGUCGAUGAGCUUCCCGAGCCCCAUUACUCCACGUUGCGCUACCUCGUGGGCCAUUUGUCGCGCGUGGCCGGCAAGAGUAACGUCAACAAGAUGGAAGCUCGUAAUCUAGCCAUCGUCUUUGGACCGACGCUCAUUCGGCCAGGGGAUGACAGCACGGUUACCAUGGUGACUGAUAUGUCUCAUCAGUGUCGCAUCGUCGAAACGCUCAUCGAUAAGGUCGAAUUCUUCUUCCCUCCCGAUCAAGACCAAGUGGACACUUUACAGCCCAGUUCGCCCACCCAGGUCAGCAACAGUAAUUUGGCUAGCAAUACGGAUGACCGUAAAGAUGCCUACGCCAAAGAAAUCGUGUCGUCCAUCAUCGCAGCAGCGCGAAAGAAGAGACAGACGUCACUGGACAGCCCCGACUUGAGCGAUCGGGGCGAUGCCCCUCCAGCCUUUCCAGUCGUUACUUCGACCACCACCAUUAUUACUAAUAUAGCGACGACUCAAACAAUAGUCGAAGCACUAGUUCCUACCGGCUCCGCUCAUUCUCUAGUCGAGCUUGGCUCCACCGGAGGCCAGCCGGCCUUGCCAGUGGAGGCUUCCGAAUUCCGUUUGAGCUCUGCAGAGAUUCCGUCGACCCCUCCGACGGUAGAAAGGAAGCGAUCGGCGUCGCUUGGAGGCGAAACCGUCAUACCGCCGUCGCCCAGUCUAGCCCUGAAUGACUUGGCCGGAAUUACGGAAAUGGCUGCCGAUGGGCUGGCUCAAGCGUCCGGCACAUCCGAGCCAUUUCGCAGCCGGACGUCGUCGGGAAGUUUUGUCGUCAAUAAACUCCAUCCCAUCGAUGCUGCCGGAAUUCGAAGUUAUUCCGGUUUAAGUGCCGUCACCCAGGAGCGUAUUCGCCUCUUUGAACAGGAAACGAAAGCAAUGUUACAAAGAGACUUGGCCCGUCAAGUGAGAAGAGAGGGCGAACCCGUUCCGCCAUCUGCUGGAGCCCGUCGCCUGGACAAAACUGAGGUAGAGUCUGCAUGGCAUCGAGCCAAAUUAGAAAUGGAAACGGAUGACUUUCUCGACGUUCUGGCCGACAAUCCUUCCGACGUGACUGAUUCGACGGCAACGUUGGACGUCUCCGUCUCUUCGGACCAAGAUAAAAAACCUGAAGAGCAACAAGAGAAGCAGCCCGAAGAAGGAGUUGAAAUCGAUCCAACUGUGGAAACGAUCGCCACCGAUGAAAAACGAUGUCGAGAUACGGAAAAGGAGCCGCAAAUGAGCCGAGCGUUAUCCGCCAUCGCUGUCCAGAAAGAGGAGGACAAUCACGCUGCCCAGAAAGAGGAGGACAAUCACGCUGCUCAAGUGGCCGAAGAAAAGGUCGAUGAGAAACCUGUCGUUGAAGUCGAUGCCGUCAAAUCCUCGAAUGGGAGAGGCGUCACUGGCCCCAAAUCAGCCACAACAGCCAAACAGCCAACAGUCGGUGGAGGUGGCGCUGUCGGUCGAUCUCAAAUCCCUAAACCGUCUGCCAGUAGUAAAUCGAACGAAUCAUCGCCUGCCUCGGCCAAAGUGGCGACCGCCUCCACCGAUUCCACUCGGACGUCGCCGAGCAAGUCCGUGACGGCGCCUUCGUCGACGGCGGUCAAGAGCCGGUCUUCCAUGGCUGUUGUUGGCCGAGCGAAGACGGUGGAACUCAACAAAAGCGUCCCAGCCAAGAAGAUGAGCGCCGGCGAACUCCAGGCUCCCAGGAUGCUGCGCCAAAUGUCAGCUGGCCAAAUGCAGCCGCAAUCGCCCAAUAGAGUACUGCCCGUCAAAACGAAUCCGCGUCUGAAGAGCGCCGAGACGAGUCCAGCCAAAAAAUCCAGCGCUGCCAGUUCGAACAAAACGGAAGAGACGAAGAAAUCUGCAACAACGACCGAUGGUGAGCAGUCAAAUCGUUUACUGGAAUCGAACCUGGACGAGACUCUCGACGCCGCUGACCAGCCAAAGAGUGGGCCCAAGGAAACAGCCGACCCAGUCGAUAGACCCAACAUCAAACAGGCGAGCGUCAGCGUGAAACGCGAGUCUAAAUCUGCCGAUACCGGCAAAGCCGUCAAGCGCUCCGAUUCGUUGACGAAAGACGAGAAAACGGAGAGUAAUACCAAAGCGCGUGAGCGCGAGAUGAGGCAGACGAGCGUCGGACAGAAAACGCCGAGAAAAUUCGUCCAGAGAAGCGGCGAGUCUGGCCUCAAACGACGCCACACUGUUGGCGGUACCCGUGAUUUUGAUAAGGUGCGAAUCCGCUGGUUGGCUGACAAAAGUGAUGAGAGAAACGUUAUUCCCGCUCCACGCUGGUCGGCUUGGGAUCGUCUACAGCCAUUGAUUAGCGACGAGGAUCUCAACGUGGACCGCAGUCUCAAGACGUGGAUGCGUAGCGAAAGAAUAAGGACAAGCUCGCCAGAAUUAUGCCGGAGGUCGGACACGGCCUCCAUCGCCACCAAUACUUUACCAGCCAAUGCGCCAGGAUGUGCCAGCGGUCAGCCGCUUGAGGCCUCGUCUUCCAUCCGCCAGGAUGAAGAUGCUUCCAGUCCGUAAAAAGUGGCAGUCACAAUAUGACGUUUGCAUGAAAUACAAAUUCUAUUUUUUAAAAAAAUUUAUCUAAGCGAAAGGGAAAAGUAGUAGAUUGAAUGUCCAGUAUGGCGGUCAAAUUUGUUGUUUCGAAUGACGCAACAAAAAGACUUUUCCUUUUUUUGGUUUUUCGUGUUUUUCUUUUCAUUCAAGGCCUCAUUCAAUGUAAAUGUUUGUCGUGUUCAAUUCUGUGUACAGGAAAAGUAGUGCGUCGCGUCGGCUGGGUUCCUUUCCCCACCCCUCUACCACCACCACCACCACCACCACCACCACCACCCUUAAAAGCUGUGAUGAUAAUUUUUAUUUUUUACGAAAACAAAGUGUACAUUCAAAAUAAUGGCUCUGUUUUGUCGACCUACGUGUCGUCCGUGCCCAUUCGCACGCAUUUUCGCCAUUUUCUGAAACAUGUUUCCUCCCGUGAAAAAUUGUAGUACAGUGACGUUAAUACCUACGCCCUUCUUUAACCUGAAUUAUUUGAUUAUAUGGGAUUAGUACGCUUGACGUGCCGUCCACUCAUUUGCUCUCUAUCUUUCGUUGUGUCAUCCGUGACUUGACAGUUCAGACCGAAAAAUUGAAGAUAAAAACAAAGGCAUAUGGCCAUUUUGUGCCACAGAAAUAAACUAAAACAUGACAUAUGUAAUUACACUGGUUUAAUUCAA